GACAAUCGUAGGCGAGGAUGAGCUGACGUAGGAGCGGGAAGGAGGGAUUCGUCUGAAGUUAGUCGCUGUCUCUCAGGGCAGAACGUAGCGCGCGGGCUUCCCUCUUCGAAGUCGAGUGUGCGAGGCCGCCUCGAUCGUACGCGGGCGCGCCCGGCGAGAGGAGCAGGCACGACUUUCAAGUGUUCAGAGUAUCUCGGUAGUGAAAAUUUCACGCGCUCCGAACAUUUUCGCACGUAUACGUAAGUACGUAGCCGGCAAACGUCAUUCGCGUUUAUAACCGCCCGGUGUCGUCUCUGCGGAUCGUCGAAGUGAGUCGCGUGCGAGACGACCGUUAAUCGUCGAGACGGAUUUACUUGUCGAGAUGAGUGAACCGGCGCGCGAGGAGAAGAGGACGAGCUUAUUCCCGCAUCCCGGCGUCUUGGCCAAGGUCGGUUGACGACUUGCAAGAGCGGGAGAAGAUUCCUCGGAAAUACACGAGAGUGCGAGAGAGACGGACAUUUUCUUAACGAGACUCAACCACGCGAACGUGGCUGUGAAUACGUCUCGCGAUAUUUUUCAUACCGGUGCAACUUCACGCGAGUGCGUAGCCGGCGUGUGACAUUAACCCGAAAGAGGGCGCGCGCGCGCGGGUGUAAUAAAGUGUCGGAGUGCAAAAGUAGUGCGGUUGGAGAUCUCGGAAGAGGAGGGAGCGUCGGGCGAGUAGUGACGUUCCUGACGCCGGGCGGCGGAGUGAUCCACGGCGCGUCGUGGGGGCCCUCAGCUGUUUCCCGCCAAGAUCGCCAUUACAAAACGCGUUCGGGCGUUGUGUGUGCGCGCCGCGCGGAGCGUGUGGCUGUCCCGUGGACGAGAUCUUUGUGCGCGUCGCCGGCGUCCGUUGACGUAAGAAGGGGACUAGUCGGGAUACCCGGCGUGUACCGGAAGUGACGAGUAACGCGUUCAUACGUAUAUCGAACGGAAACGCAUUUGUGAAAAAUACGCGCCGCGUUGUUUGUCCCUCUCCUUCUCCUCUUCCUCCGUUCUGGUGGAGUGCGCGGGCGGACGAGCGAGAACGACGAACGAACGAGAGGAGAACGGCCCGGGCGAGAAAAAGAAAGGAGCGGCGAAUAUUAAGUGAGAGCGAUAACGAAAAGAUAUCGUCGAGUGAGUGAGAGAGAGAGCAGCAGGGACCUACGUCGUUUCUUCCCAGCCGCUACGACGGCUGUCGCGGACAGUGAAAUUCGCUCGGCGGGACUCUCAGUGCUGCGGACCGACGAGAUAUGUCAGUGUUUGGUGGUGACGAUCGGAUUUUGCUCGAGGAAAUCGUCGAGUCGACUGAACAGCCGGAGAUUGAACUGUGCGGGAGCGUUGAGACGGUGGACGACGGCUCGGUGACUACUAGUGUGACGGUCGCCGAAGUCGCUGAUACGCAAGAGCAGCAAACGCAACAACCGCCGCAAUCUAAAGCUAACGUCGGAAUUGGCCGACGGGUUAAUAAUCAUAACGCUGCUUUGAGCAACGGCAACAGUAUCAGCAACGUCGGCCGUGUCACGCCGCGCAGCCACAUGGAGCAGGAGAAGCGAAUACGGCGAGAAAUCGCCAACAGCAACGAGCGACGUCGUAUGCAGAGCAUCAACGCUGGAUUCCAGUCGCUUAGGACUCUGCUGCCGCAUCACGAAGGCGAGAAGCUGUCAAAGGCCGCGAUACUUCAACAGACUGCCGAAUACAUAUACCAAUUGGAGCAGGAGAAGACACAAUUGCUGUCGCAAAACUGUCAACUGAAGCGAUUGGUAAAUCAACACGAAGGUGGCGAUGUACCUAAGAAACGCAAAUCCGAAACCCAAGGCGUCGUCGUUAGUCUACCUAUGCACGUCAGCGAGAGCGGCGACGAGGGCUUGGGCAGCAUGUCCCCCGAGCCAUUGUCUGUAAUCACAGUGACCACAGAGGGACAUUCCGUUGUGAACAGCGAGGUGGUGGAGCUUAGACGACAGCUAGAAAGGGAACGUCACGCGAGACUGCAUUUAGAGAAACAGAUGAGAUCCAUACAGGGCCAGUUGUAUCCAGAGAGAUUCCGGGACAAUCAGCUAAUCGCUUAUCAACCCCACGAGGUGAUCGAGCACACGGACAAUGUGAUGGCGCAGGAAACGGAAGACGCGGUGGCCGCGUUGCAGGUAGUCUCGGUCAUGUCUCUGCCACCGGUGGGUUCCACUCAAACUGUGGAGACCUCAAGUCCGGACCCGAGCUCGCCGCCGUUGUCGCCGCAGCCGGCCGACAUGGAGAUAAAGUCGGAUGAGAUAAAGGAGGAAUCGUGUCCAGGUAGUCCGAAGAUCGUCACCUUCGCCCAGAAUCAAGUGUUCACGGCGAUGGAAGAGCAGACUACCGCGGAUUCCUUCUCGUCGUCAAGUCGUGUUACGUAUGCCACGUCAUCCUCCGCGGAUUUCAAGAAUACCUCGCCUCAGUACAUCAACGCGAGUCCCAGCAGACCCUUCUCGCCGGUCGCUGAGCCUCAACGACUACCUAGCGUUUUGGAGGCUGCGAUAAAGGCCGAGCCCAAAGUCGAGGUGGAGAGGUUGCCUUCUCCGUCGAACUCUUUGGACGACGGCGGCAUGCCGCAAGCGAGGCUGUACAUCGCGAACACAUCCCGGCAAAAUCUAGAAACGAUCGUCGAGGCGAUACGUCAUCUGGAGGGCGACCAUCUGUUCAGCGACGAACAGGAUGUUCCAUUGGCAUUGACCAAUAAGCAGCAAACGACGAUGGCGAACUCAGCGUCGACAAAGUCCACGACGUCUUCGACAUCUUCCUCCUCAUCGGUGGCGACGUCCGCCACUGCGACAUCAGCGAAGCAACGGAUAUUGCAUGCCGAACACUUCCUCCAGUUUCACACGCAACAGCAAACCCAACAACGACCCGGAGUGAUCGUGGUGAAACAACAGUCGUGAUCCAGCAACGCGCUGCGCUCCGUGCAUUGAACGAUGUACUCGAAACGAUGAUGCGUUCGUCCCCAUCGCUCGACAUCACCGCGAUUUAUCGCUCGAAAAUGAGGAAUCCUUUUUGGUCGAUCCGAGAAAGAAAGAGAAGAAAGCGAUCGUUCGCAGAGGCAGGGAGAGAGAGAGAGCGACUAUGAUCGCGAUCGCACAUCGCGUGCAUUCUCUUCCGACACGACGGAAAAAAUACUCUCCGUCCGCCGUUAAUCUCCAAUCGUUACCGGAGAUCUUUAUUCAGACUAUUAUAUACUGCGAGAUACACUUUAUGUAUGUUCCUACUACGUGCUUCGCUUGUCUUCGUUUUAAAGGUCACUUAAGUUGGAAUGCAUACGAUCGCGAUAGAAUGAAAUUUAGAUAGAGGGGAAUAAAGUUUUAAAUUACAGACAUAGCGAGACAGAGAGCGAAGACAGAGCCAAGCUCGAAGCUUGACAAAAAGGAUUCUCAUCGUCGAGUCGUUGAAACAAAACGUCGUUUUCCCAUUUUUUUCUCAUGUAAAUACUAACUUCCGAUCGUGUGUUUCCGACGAUCGCCACGAGAUCGCUUUGAAUCUCGAAGGGUUUCCCGCUCCCUCCCUCCCUCCCUCCCUCCUUCCUCCCAAAGAAAGGUUCCCUUCGCAAAAAAAUUGCGAGAUGCGAAGUGGACGUUUCUCGUCCUUGAUUUACUAAGUAGUAUGUUUUUAGAUUUAAGUAAGAACUACGUCGAUAAUAUUCCUAGGCGAGUAAGUCUACGUACACUGUAUAAUACAUAUAUACAUAUAUUACACACAAAUAUAUUAUUUGUAAAGA